AGUACACCGGAGAACUGAGAAAUUGAGCUGAAAUGCUUCAAUUCCUAAGUGCCAUUCUCAACAAAAGGUUCUAAUUUGGUCAGUUUUUUUUUUUUUUGACAAAUACUUUUUUUUACUAAAAAGGAUCAGCCAUAGCCAUAGCCAUAGCCAUAGCCCUUUGGUUCGAGAAGCUUAGCUAAGCAUCCAUGGAGAUGGAUGGAGACGGAGAUAUGGAUUCCCUCUUCGAAGGAAUGGUGCUUUUCAAUCCAAUCUCCGAACAUCCCUCUCACUCUCACUCCCACUCUGACUCUCACUCUCAAUCUCAAUCUGAAUCUGAAUCUGAAUCUCACUCUCUCUUCACUGACCUAACCAUCCUCUCACCAUCUCCAUCUGAAUCUCCAUCUCCAUCUCUAUCGGAAUCUAAAUCAUUCAAUCAAAUUCAAAUUCAAAAUAAAAAUAACAGUAAUCAUAAGAAGAAAAAGAGACCUGCUUUGAGGAUUGGAUACGCCAGGAAUGCUUCUGCUGUUGCUUUUGAAGACAAUCCACCAAUUUCCGACGAUCAUCAACAUCUUCCGUCUUCGAACGAACCGCCUUGUUCUUCCGUCGAUGUCGAUUUCGACUUUCGACUGCUUCAAAUUAAGAACCAGAUCUCGGAAAAGCUUGAAUUCGUUCGUCAAUUGGCGGCUUCUGUGUCUGCCGACCGGAAAGAAGCUAUUGCUAACAGAAGGAAAGCUGCUCAAACGCUACACAGGGCUUCCAACGCUUAUGCUGAGCUUGAAACUCGACUCGAUGAGGCUUGCAGAUCGGAGGAUUUUGAGACUGCUGAAACGCUUAGUGAGAGUUUGGCUGCUGCUGAAUCUGAAAAACAGACUCUUGUGGCGGCACUUGCUGAUGCUGAGGCUCGAUGCGAUGAGGUUGAAUUGAGGAUGAAGGAGGUUUUGGCUUCUCAGAUUGCUGCUGAGGAAGAAUGUGCUUCUCUGCUCCACCAAUUCGCUCAGGAUACCUCAGAAAAAGCAGAAUUGGGUUUCAAAACAGCCGAACAAGUCUCCUCGAAGAAAUUGGAGGAAUGGCAGUGUUCGACGGAAUCGUUGGAGCUUAAAAAGAUGGAGUUAGAAAUCGAGUCAAACAUAGUAAAUGAAGCUCGGACUAUGUUGACUAGUUCAAUUGAGAACUCAGUUGAGGAUGACCAGAGAGAAAAAGAGUCUCUUUGCAAGAAGAAGAGUGUUCUUUUGGACGAACUUCAGGAGCUACUUGCUCUUGUAAAACAAAAGGAACAAGAAAUAGCAGAAACCGAUUCUAACAUCAAAGCAGUCGAGAACAGGAUUGCCCAUGUCGUCUCUGGUUUUCAGGAGAUGCAUUCCAACAUCGACUCUAAAUUUGGUAACUUGCAGUCUUGUAUUUCGGACAUAGAAUUAGAAAGCAAAUCCUUGUGUGAACUGAAGAAGGAAAUUGAUGAUUUCGUCGUGAAUGAGCAAGAGAAAGAGAGAAAGUUGAGGGAACUUGGAAACUCUUCCAAGGAGGAAGCUGAGGCAUACCAUCAAGUCGUUGAGCUUAGAAAAAAUCUGAUGACUUUUGUUUUGAAGUCUAAGGAAGAUAAGGAUAGGCUUGCAAAGACUGAGAAGAAGCUUUCUGAUGAAGUUCAAAUGCUCCAUCAAGAGGUUUCGUCUUCAAGAUCUUCCCUUCAGGAACUAUCUACAAGAAAAUCUAGCAUCCAACAGGAUAUAGCAUCGUCAAAGCAAAAGAUAAUUUUCAUAGACAAAAGAGUCCCAGAGCUGGAAGUAGAAAAGAAAGUGGCUGCAACUGCAAGAAAUUUUAGAGAAGCUGCACGAAUAGCAGCUGAGGCAAAAUCACUGACGGUUGAGAAGAAUGGCAUCGAGACUGAGAUGGAAAGAGGUUUAUUAGAGCUGGAGAAGCUCGAGAAAGAAAUUAAUGACACUGUUGAGAAACUGGAGGAGACAGAGGUGGUCAUUUCCUCCAAGGAAAAAGAGUUAGCCAUGGCCAGAUUUGAGAGGCUGGUUUUAACGGCGGGAUAUGCUGAAGCAGAAAGAGCAGUUGCUUUGGAAUUCGGAGAUGCUGAAGAGGCUAAGCUUCUCCUUGCUGAGAAAGAAGUUGCAGAAUCUGAAGCCAAAGAUCUUGAGCCAAUAUAUAAUUUUAAGGUGGAGGAGUUACCAAAUAUUCCAAAACACUUCAUCUCCAUGGAACUUAUAGCCAAUCUUGGGAAGAAGCAAUUAGAGGAAUUGGCAGCAUCUAUUGGUAUUUCUCCAAAGGAGUGAAAUAAUGAGGGCUCUGGUUCUGGCUCUGUUAUUAACUCAUCAUGCAUAUGUGUAACAUAGGUAAUAUUAUAUCUCUCUUACUCGUUAAUUCUUUUUUCGUUGGGGGGUAUUUGGUUUUUGUUUUGAUACUUGUUUAUGCUUUUUUACCUUUUUUUUUCUUCUUUUAUUUGUAAUUUUUGGUUGGGAUUUUGAUCAAAUGGAAAGAGCAUACGAAUUGAAAUAAUCUACUUAGUUAUUAUUA